UUCCUUCAGCCUUCCUUCAUAGGUCAUGUUCUCAAGACCUUUAAUCAGAAUAUCCUCAUCAUUUAGCAGAGUGUGGAAAAAUGCAGCCAAAAAAUGGACAGAUGUGAAAAAGUAUUCUCGCCGCAGCGACAUUAAGGAUGAGUAUGGAAUAGCCAUAGUAGCCUAUACAGACAAACCCGAAGACAACCGUGAUGCUUUUUCAACUACAUUUAAUAAGGCAGUGAGAGAGACUGGGACAUCUCUACAUGAUUACAUGGCCAAUUUCCAGUUCAAAGCCUUUCAUUAUUAUUUGACAAGAGCUUUGCAGGUCUUAAGAAACGGGUGUAAUGUGAUGUAUAACAUGACGCUGUACCGGGGCACUAAAUCUCAGUACAUGGGAUCGGGUCUCAUCAGGUUUGGAUACUUUAGCUCUUCAUCUAUUCGGAAAGAUGUGGCUGAAAGUUUUGGCAAGACCACGUUCUUCACCAUCCACUCAUGCUUUGGUGUUGAGAUCAGGAACUUAUCACAGCAUUCUUACCAAGAAGAAGUAUUAAUCCCAGUCCAUGAAAUAUUCAAUGUGGCAUAAGGACAAGGGAAUAACCACUUUAUCCUCCGGAGCACAAACCGGACCUGCAGCCAUUUUAACUGCGCAUACCUGGGUGGUGAGUACUGGGCUGAACACGAGAAAUAUUUGUGUGGGGCUAUUUGCUGUGGUGAAUUUGAAAACCCCACUUCGGGGAGAGCUGAGGAGAGGGACACUGACAUGGGGACUUGCCACCAGGGCUGGGGGAGACAGGCUGCCAUGACUCUUGCUGCUAGAGAGGGUUCGGGCUGGGGUGGGUGGACAUCAGGUCCCAAGCACUUACUGAGGAAAGUAGGUGCCUAGACAUCAUGGCAAUGGGAGCACUAGAAAGGCAGGUGAAGGUCCCAAACGACUGCGAGUCUUCAACACACACACACCCCGUACAGAGUCCACAGGAGCCCUGGCAGAGCAGCUGUGGCUCCUCAGAGACAGCACAGCAAAUCCAUAGACUUGGAAAAGGGAGCAGUCGAGUGGCCUAGUGUGCAGAUGGCACAUUAUUUGGGACAGUCAGGACUAGGGACAAUGGUGAGGAACUUCAGAGAGAUCUAAUCAAGUUGGGUGAAUGGGCAACACACAUCAGGUGAAAUUCACUGACACACAUUCAAGGUAACGCACAUUGUGAGAAACAGUGUGACUGGAUUGUUAAUGAGCUGUAUCAACUCAGACAGAGCUGGCCAUCACUGUGGAGAGUUUGGUGCAAAUCUCAGUGAAAACCUCUGUUCAAUGUGCUGCUAGGUUUAUAAGGCAACAAAAUGUUACCAUGCAUCUGGAAUGAUGGGAUGGAGAAUAGUGUGGAGAUAUUAGAACUAAGGCUAAGAUUUAGUCUUUUUU